AUGGCCAAGCCAACACUCGAAACGCUGCCUCCGGAGAUUCUCCACCAAAUUUUCAAACUCGUCGUCGCACAAAAAGAUGCGUUCACUACCAGUCUCUGCUGUACGAGCAAGCGCAUCCGCGAGUUCUCGAGCGCCGCGCUGUAUGGGACCCUCACUCCCCAUGAACCCUCGGGCCCAGAUGAGCUCAGUCUUCCACGCGUCGUUGCCCUCUUUCACGCAUUCGCCCUCAAUCCACGCCUCGGCGAGCUCGUGCAGGAGAUCGACCUCUUUCACCUGUAUACAUGGACGAAGUGGGAGCCUAUCCAUCUACAAAUGUUCCGAGGCAUUUACACCAUGUGGAGAACUCUCCCCGGCCUGUCCCUGCCUCCACCUCAAUUGCUCAACCAAGUCCAAUACAUGGUGUGGCUAUCGGAGCUGCUCAUCACGAAGAUGCCCAACCUCCAUACUCUCGCGAUCAGGUCUCAAAGUUGGCAGCGGUAUCACCUGCUCGGUGACGAAAAGCGGAAUGGGUCUGAAUUUUACAAUAUGGAGACGCUGGACAUCGUCGCCAGAGCUGCUGGGGGGCGAGUGCUAUUUCCUCACCUGAAGAACGUAUGUAUCGACAUGCACGAUUGUUUGAAACCGCUCAGUGAUGUCGCGCCCAAUAUCGAGUCCCUCGAAUUGAGCGAUGUUAACUGGGACGCGUACGAACCGGCCGACAUCCCCGACAUCAAUUUACCCCAUCUCAAGUUUCUCGAGAUAGGGGAUGACUCUGUUGUCACAAUGCGGGUGCUUCCCGAGCUGGUUAGAAGACUGCCCAGCCUACGAAAACUUCACUAUGAGCAUACGGACAGCGGGAUAUACUGUUUCGAAGGAGGUCCAGCCAAUGUUUGCCCCACCCCUCAAGGCAUCGUCAAUCUAUUGAAGCCCAUCGCAGAGCAGUUGAAGGAGCUCAAGCUGAGCCAUUUCGACCGAUGGAUCGUCAGGCUUUGUCAUGAAACUAGGGUCAGCAGAUACGCCCAGAAGUUCGUCGAACCCGCUGGCAUCCUGGAGCCUCUGGAGUUUCUUAGCGUCCUCGAGCGUCUGGAUGUUGACUCCGACUGUCUUUGGGUACAGCGACACCCGUAUGUCAGAAGGUCUAACUACGAGAAGGUCAUGCAUCUCAUCAAGUUGCUCCCCCAGCGACUGCAGCACCUUCAGUUCGACGGGCUCAACGACGAUGACGCAGAUGGCGACGACCCGGACCCCAGGACACACCACGUCAGAGUAGUUGCAAUCGAUGACGGCGACGAAAGCAUGGUAACCACUGAACAACGGUGGUACAGCGUAGAGUAUCCGCACGUGAGAAGCAACUGGCCCCGCGGCAGUUAUGUUCAUGAGCACGCUCAUGAUGGGCUCUUGCUGCUCCCGCGUCACUUACGACAACGGUGCCCCGACCUACAGUCGAUGACAUAUCGCUUCCUGCCGAAAAGCCCCGGGCUUGGCCCGGACCAACUGCAGACUCUCAAGCAAGCAUUUGCCGAGGUGGGAAUCGCGUUUCACCCAUCUGGACGCGAAGAGUACGAGAUAGAAAAGCGAUAUCCUCGGGGUUCUCGCUGGCAGUUGGACGGCCCGGAAGUAGAGUAG